CAAUGUUCCAAUCCAGAUCCGAGUGCGUUUGCAAUGAAAGAUAUGAAACUCGCACGGAACUCGGGCAGCAAGGAAUGAGCGCUGAACGCUUAGAAGCUAAAGAGCACCUGUGACACGCUGAAUGUCAAGGAAACGGACACACCUCGGUAUCGGUAUAUAUCAAGAUGGAGAGAAGAAUGCGAAUGGUCGCACCCUGUCCGGUCAUCCGCGAUUCCGAACGUUCACAAUAGUCACUAUCGUAUGUAAAAAACAUGUGUUGAAGCCGUAAAUUAGUAAUGUUAGAGGUAAUACCGUUCCAUACAUAACUGAAGAGCCUUGCUCCCACAGUUUGAGAGAUACAACUUGAACCGCGAUGAUGAUCGACCUCACCCAUACGCUGACAACGUCGACAGAAACCCCGAUGUCAAUAUGGCCGGGACACCCGAAGCUAGAGAUGAGAAAAGUUGCCUCUAUCCCAGAACAGAAUGCGAACGUGACUGCUAUUUCGCUUGGGUCUCAUACUGGGACUCACAUUGAUGCGCCCAAUCAUUUCAUCGCGGACGGAUUAACUGUGGACAAGUACGACUUGAAUAAACUGGUUGGUCGUGCGGUGGUCGUUGAUGUGAGGGGGAAGAAAGAACGGGAGAUGAUUACCUGGGAGGAUAUGGAGAAAUGGGAGGGGGAGAUGCGAGAAGGGGUUAUUGUGCUUGUGUGCACUGGGUGGUCGCAAUACUGGGGCAAGGAGAAUUAUGGACAACACCCGUUCAUGGAUUUUAAUGCUGCGGAGAAACUUAUGGGGAAGGGGGUGAGAGUUGUGGGAUGCGAUACGCUUAGCCCUGAUGAUAUAUGCUCUCCUACGAGUCAGGUGCACAAAGUGAUACUGGGAGCGGGAGGGGUGAUUGCAGAGAAUUUGAAGGGGAUAGAAGAGGUGCUUGGAUUGAAGGACCCGUUUGUGAGCUUGUUGCCUCUGAAGUUGGAUAAUUGCGAUGGUUCUCCAAUACGAGCAAUAGCUUGGUCUACAGGAGGUGAGUCAGUCUAG